UCGAGCGGAAGUUAUGGAGGAACUCACAGGAGCGCAGCUGCUGGCGGAAGCGCUGAAGGCGCAGAAUGUGGAGUAUAUGUUUGGCAUCGUUGGGAUUCCAAUCAUUGAGGUUGCUAUGGCAGCCCAGGGUGUCGGCAUCAAGUAUGUGGGCAUGCGCAAUGAACAAGCGGCCUGUUAUGCUGCUUCUGCAAUUGGAUAUUUAACAGGACAUCCAGCAGUGUGUCUAGUGGUGUCUGGACCUGGGCUGAUCCAUGCACUUGGUGGAAUGGCCAAUGCUAACAUGAACUGCUGGCCUGUGAUAGUCAUUGGAGGCUCCUCCGAUCAGAAUCAGGAGACAACUGGAGCGUUUCAAGAAUUUCCACAGGUAGAAGCCUGUCGCCUUUACAGCAAGUUUUCAGCCCGACCAGGCAGUCUGGUUAUGAUACCAGCUGUAGUUGAAAAGGCGGUAAGGACCAGUAUUUACGGUCGUCCAGGAGCAUGCUACAUAGAUAUCUCUGGUAACAUGGUGAAUGCAAGAGUGGACCGGAAAACCGUCAGGUUUCCGUCCUGUUGUCCCCGUCCUCCAGUGAGCCUGGCCAGCAAGCACGAGCUCUCCAAAGCUGUCACGGUGCUCAAACAGGCCCAGAGACCACUGCUGAUCAUUGGCAAAGGCGCGGCAUACAGCCGGGCAGAGAAUGAAAUUAAAGAGCUGGCGGAGUUAAGUGGGUUGCCCUUUCUGCCUACUCCGAUGGGAAAAGGAGUACUUCCUGAUGACCAUCCCAACUGUGUGGCCGCUGCCCGCUCCAGAGCUCUGCUGAAGGCAGAUGUGGUAGUGCUGCUGGGUGCUAGACUAAACUGGAUCCUGCACUUUGGCUUCCCUCCCAGAUUUAGCCCUGAUGUGAAAUUUAUUCAGGUCGAUAUAUGUGCAGAGGAGUUGAGUAAUAAUGUGAGGACUACAGCAGCACUACUGGGAGAUGUCAGGGCUGUAGUCAGCCAGCUGGUAGAAAUCUUGAGAUCGGACGCAUGGUCGUAUCCAGCAGACACAGAGUGGUGGGCAAACCUGAAAGAAAAAGUGGCUUCCAAUGCUCGGAUAUCAAGGGCUCUUUCUCUCCAAAACACUCAGCCCAUGAACUACUACACAGCAUUCCAUCACAUUGCUAAACUCCUACCCAAAGACUGUGUCAUUGUCAGCGAAGGAGCCAACACCAUGGACAUUGGCCGCACCAUGCUGCUCAACUACUUCCCCAGACGCAGGCUGGAUGCAGGAACAUUUGGUACCAUGGGAGUGGGACCUGGUUUUUCCAUUGCAGCAGCAGUACUGGAGCGGGCCCAGCACACAGGUAGAAGAGUGGUGUGUGUGGAAGGAGACAGUGCGUUUGGCUUCUCGGGCAUGGAGGUCGAGACCAUGUGCAGGUAUAAGCUGCCAGUCAUCAUCAUUGUCAUUAACAACAAUGGCAUAUACAGCGGUGUCAAUACAGAGACAUGGAGCGAAAUGGAGAAGAUGGGAGACAUGACCACUAUAGCUCCUCCAAUGACUCUCCUGCCCGAGGCACGUUAUGAGCAGGUAAUGUGUGCUUUUGGGGGCCACGGCUAUCUGGUCAGGACAGUAGAGGAACUGUGUACUGCCCUACAGCAGAGCUUGAGUGAGACAGCCACCCCAAGCCUAAUUAACGUGCUCAUAGACCCAACCUCGGACCGAAAGCAACAGGAGUUCCCCUGGCUGACUCGCUCCAACCUGUAAGAGAGUAAGAAGAGGCACUGAGCUGAAAUAUCUUCCCCUCUUCGCUAUGAUGGACAGUAGCCAGCUCUCUCUUUACUAAUGACUAGCUUAGUGCAUUACUGUGAUCUUUUACGAUAAUGAAAAACACAAUGUAUUGUAACAGAAAGUGGCAGGGCACAUGCUGAUUCAACAGUGCACUUGUAAAUUUAUCCAACAGAACUUCUCGAUCCUGCACCUUUAUGCAUUCCCAUUAAUUACCAGAUGGUUUUUAAUUAGAGACAUUUUUAAUACAAGGCUCUUGUUUCAGCCGCAAGCCUGACCUGUGGUUAACGUGUGAUUUAACAAAUGAUAGAUCAGUUAUCUCUUUAUGUAAUUUAGUAUAGCCACAAUUGACUCAGCUAGCAUUAUUUUUGAAACGGGGAAAUUCCAGAUACAGCCAUUCUUAUGACAGUAUAUGGAUUUAUAUUAUAUGGAAACAAGUGUUUUACUGGGAAAUACACCACUCAUAUUUUUCAUACGAGCUACAUCUGGGAUAGAGAGAUUAAAACCCGUGACACAAAUCUCUAUGUGUCACUCGCAAGGAAAUCGAUGAUGAUGAUGAUGAUUUUGAUAAAUUUGGGUACUUUUUGUUUGUGAAUGUGCCUGUAAUAAAAACAUUUAGCAAUUA